AUGUCAAGUCGAAUAUCUUCUUCUGCUCACACAUCACUCAUCAUAUCCCCUAUGGUACCCUGCCUCCUCCCUGCCAUUCCCCUCCCUUUCCAUUUCCUUGUUCAGACGGCGUAUGCAGAGGAGUACGGCUUCGAUACGGGGUCGCUCAGGGCUCUAGAUGUCAAGUCAAAUACGGCGUAUGCAGAGGAGUACAGCUUUGAGACGGGGUCGCUCAGGGCUCUGGGCACGGCGUAUGCAGAGGAGCACAGCUUUGGAACGGGGUCGCUCAGGGCUCUGGACGUCAAAUCACCCGUCACUAAUAGCCUCUGUCUCUUCCCCCUUCCACCUCCCUCCCCCACUCCCUCCGUUCAGACUGCCUACGCAGAGGAGUACAGCUUUGAAACGGGGUCGCUCAGGGCUCUGGACGUUAAGUCCAAUGUUUUCUGCUCUGCAGGAGCCAUAGACCCCUACGGUCGCUUAAUCAGCAUCGGCGGCACAUCAGACGCCAAUGCCACCAACCUGGCCGACCCUCUCCUUGACGGAGCUGCCUCCAUCCGCUCCUUCUCGCCCUGCCCCCCUGCCACUAGUGGCGCUGGUACCCCUGUUGCUGCCGCUUCUCCCAUUAGCAACAGCCGCAGCGGCGGCAGCAGUGGCAACAACGGCAACACCAGCAGCAGCGGCGGCGGAGGCAACAGCAGCAGCAGCAGCAGCAGCAGUGGGGGGUGUGAUUUCUCCCUGGUCGGCCAGAUGACCUCCAAGAGGUGGUACCCCACGGCCCAGCUCUUACCUGAUGGGCGGAUCUUCAUUGUGGGUGGUGCUAAUGUGUUUGGCAACGUGGCCAUCAACUCGGUUCAAAACAACAACCCCACCUUCGAGUUCUGGCCCAGGAAGGACGGAGAAGGCAACUACAAGCUCCGCUUUCUGGAAGAGACGCUUCCCUACAACCUCUACCCGUUCGUGCAUCUGCUGCCUUCUGGGCAUCUGUUUAUAUUCGCGGGGCAGCGGGCGAUCCUGCUUAACUACACCACCAACACGGUGUUCCGCACCCUUCCUCCUCUGGAUGUCUCCCGCUUCGGCCCGGCCAACACCAACAUCUUCCGCUCCUACCCUGUCACCGGCUCCUCCGCUAUGCUACAGCUCUCCUCAGCUGACGGGUACACGCCCAGGAUCCUCAUAUGCGGGGGAAGCAGCAGCCAGGCAGACCUCACCAACAGGGACAACCGCACAGGGGCGUGCCUUGGGUGUGCUGCCCCUGCCACAGCCACGUGUGGGCUCAUUGCGCCCAUGGAUCCCAACCCUACAUGGACCUAUGAGAUCAUGCCUGUUGCACGUGUCAUGCCAGAUGCCGUGCUCCUAUUGGACGGCACGGUCCUGAUCUGCAACGGAGGCAGGAGGGGAUUCCAGGGGCUGAAGCAGACGUACGCUGGAGGGGACGUGAGGACUCCUGUCAUCUACACCCCCACCAACGCUGCUGGCAGGCGGUAG